AUGCCAGUCUACAUGGGAGACAGAGAGCUAGGAAAAGCUCGGGUGGCUGUCACCAAUGACUAUGAGGCAUGGAUAAAUAGAAGAGGAGUGGCUCAAUCAUCCACCACACCCACUACGAGCGUCAGAAAUGAAGGGCUGCAGACUCAAAUCGAUGCCUUGACCCAGAGGAUAGAGAUCAUAAGAGCCCAGAUGAGGGCCCUUGAGGAAAAAGAGCAAGAAUCUAUCCUCACGAUUGACGGUCUGCGAAGGCAAGGCAAGAAAAAUGAUCAUGAAAUAGAGCGCCUCAAGGACCAAUGUGCCGACGCUAACGAACAAGCUAUCCGAACAUCCAAAACUACCAGAACCAGUUCGGAUAGCCAACUGCAAGAGAUAACCGCCAAAACGGCACACCUUGAGGCCGAAUCAGCUAAGCAGGUUCAAACAAUCAAGGAGUUGUCGGAAGGGCUCCUCAAGGCUCGGUUAGACAUCCGCCAAGAGCGAGAGGCCAACAGGAGACUCACCAAAAGUCUCUCUGAGCUACGCCACAAAGAAAAAGAAGGGCUAGCUCAGUAUAGCCAAGUACUUCAAGAGAAAGACCGAGCCAUUGAAAAGCUCGAUGAACUACAAGCCUUGGUCGUUCAUCAAGAGGCGAAGAUCAAAGAGGCUAAACAAUACAAUGAAGAUAUGAGCUAG